UUCUGAUGCUACCUCCAUUACAACUGAGCAAAUUUGAUAAUACCGGCCUGGGGUCUUCAAUUUUCACCCCCAAUUCCUGCCAAGAACUUUCUGUUAUAUAACUUUUGAGCUUCUAAAGGCCGUUCUUCAGCCAUAUUGAUGAGACUUUUUUGCCUUACAUUGGCUCCUCCGCAUGCAUCCUCAUCUUUUCGCAUUAUGCUUGCUUUUGUUUUCCUAUGGUGUUUUGGCUCGUUGAUCACCUUUGUGGUUGGCGGAGGCAACGAGACGGACAGAUUGGCCUUGCUGGACUUCAAGGCCAAGGUACAUGACCCACUUGGCGUUUUGAGCUCCUGGAAUGAUAGCAUUCACUUCUGCCGGUGGCAAGGGGUUUCAUGUGGCCGUCGGCAACAUCAGAGGGUCACAAAGUUGGACCUUCAAUUCCAAAGUCUAGGGGGCUUCAUAUCACCACAAGUAGGAAAUUUGAGUUUCCUCACAGAACUAAACCUCUCAAACAACAGUUUUAUUCAUAUAAUCCCUCCAGAAGUCGGCCUUUUGCGCAGACUGCAAGUCUUGGAAUUAGGCAAAAACAGUCUCAGCGGCCAAAUUCCUAGCAAUAUAUCCGUCUGCACCAACCUCAUCUACAUGGGAGUUCAUUAUAAUCAGUUGGUUGGAGAAAUCCCAGCAGAGCUUGCCUCCUUGUCCAAGCUUCGAUGGUUUUAUAUUUACAAUAAUGAACUAACAGGAAGUAUCCCAUCUUCUUUCGGAAACUUAUCAUCUCUUGAAGCAUUGGAUGUUGUUUUUAAUGAAUUGGGUGGAAGUAUUCCGGAUUCUUUUGACCAGCUAAAGAAAUUAACUUUUUUAAGUUUGGGUUCAAAUAGGUUUUCUGGUACAUUCCCUCGAUCAAUUUUUAAUCUCUCUUCUAUCACAGUCUUUGAUGUAGGAGACAACAGAAUACAAGGGAGUCUUCCUUGGGACUUGGGCGUCACCUUACCCAAUCUCAAAAGUUUUAACAUUUUCGUCAAUCAAUUUACUGGAUCUAUCCCUGUUUCGAUAGCUAAUGCAUCCCAUCUAUAUGACCUGAAAAUGCAGUCAAAUAAACUCACUGGGAAAGUCCCUUCUUUGGAAAUGCUGUACAGACUUCAGAGAUUUGUCAUUCACUCCAAUCUUCUUGGAAAUAGUGGAGGAAAUGACUUGAGUUUUCUUUGCUCUCUAAUGAAUGCCACGGAUCUCAGCAUAUUGGCUAUAGGUUCCAAUAAACUUGGCGGUGUGUUACCUAAUUGCAUUGGCAACUUCUCAACUACUCUUAGCAGAUUGCUUCUACGACAUAAUAGAAUAUUUGGAAGCAUUCCUAAAGGUAUAGGAAAUCUCAUCAACUUGGAGACGCUGGAGAUGGCCGAGAACACAAUCUCAGGUAAUAUUCCCUCUGAGAUCGGAUAUCUUGAGAAGUUAAGAAUUUUGGAUUUAUCUGCAAACAAUCACUCGGGAAACAUUCCACCCUCUUUAGGAAACUUAACAUUGUUGAUGGAAUUGUAUUUAGGAGGGAAUAAUCUUCGUGGUCGAAUCCCUCCAAGCCUAGCCAAGUGCCAAAAUUUGCUGUAUUUGGUUCUUUCUAGGAACAAGCUCAGUGGUGUAAUACCCCCACAAGUCAUGGGUCUCUCAUUCUCACCAAUUGGUAUGGACUUGUCUGAGAACCUAUUUACAGGUAUUCUCCCCAUGGAAAUAGGAAACUUGAAAAAUCUAGAAAGUUUAAUUAUUUCUGCAAAUAAGUUAUUCGGUGAAAUCCCAGCAAGUCUUGGCAGCUGUGUAAAACUAGAAGUUCUUGCCAUGAGAAAAAACUUCUUCCAGGGAUCCAUUCCUUCAUCAUUUGAAUCAUUAAGAGGCAUUGAACUUUUAGAUCUUUCUAACAACAAUUUGUCUGGAGAAGUUCCAAAUUUUUUGGAACAUCUCAACUUCCUGCAUAUAUUGGAUCUCUCUUACAACCAUUUUAGAGGGGAGGUACCAACACGGGGUGUUUUCAGUAACGCAAGUGAAACUUCAGUUAAGGGAAAUGGUGAGCUCUGUGGUGGCAUAACUGAGUUUCAGCUUCCUAUAUGUAAACAUGAAAAAUCUAAGAAGAGACAGAAGUUGACCCUUACCUUGAAGUUGAUAAUCUCUAUACUUUCUGGACUUCUUGGAGUAACUUUGGUUCUGUUGUGUCUACUUAUUUCUUUAAAAAAGAAAAGAAAAGAAAAUAGUCCAAAAAACUCAGAAAAUUUGCUUUUGAAUGUAUCUUACCAAAGUCUCCUAAAAGCUACUGAUGGGUUCUCCUCGGCUAAUUUAAUUGGUGUGGGUAGUUUUGGAUCUGUGUACAAAGGAAUUCUUGAUCAGGGUACAUCUACAAUUGCUGUCAAGGUCCUCAACCUUUUGCGCCAUGGAGCUUCAAAGAGUUUCAUUGCUGAAUGUGAGGCUUUGAGAAAUAUUAGGCAUCGGAAUCUUGUGAAGGUACUUACAGUUUGUUCAAGUGUUGACUAUCAAGGUCAUGAUUUCCAGGCUUUGGUGUAUGAGUUCAUGGUAAACGGCAACCUAGAUGAGUGGUUGCACCCAACCCCAAGAACAAACGAGGCUUCUAGAAAACAACAGAGUUUGAGUCUCCUUCAAAGGCUAGAUAUCGCCAUUGAUAUUGCUAGUGCUAUGGAAUAUCUUCACCACCAUUGUGCUACACCGAUCCUUCACUGUGAUCUCAAACCAGGCAAUGUUCUUCUCGAUGAAGAAAUGACUGCACACGUAGGUGACUUUGGCUUGGCAAGAUUCCUUAUUGAUAUCACUCAAGAUUAUUUUUUUUUGAUAAAUUAUUCAAUUGAUCAAUCAAGCUCCAUUGGAGUAAGAGGAACAGUGGGUUAUGCUCCUCCAGAGUACGGAAUGGGAAAUGAGGUGUCAAAAAAUGGAGAUGUUUACAGUUAUGGCAUACUCUUGUUGGAGAUGUUCACCGGUAAAAGGCCAACGGAUGACAUGUUCAAGGAUGGCUUUUUGCUGCAUGAAUUUGUCAAGGCAGCUCUGCCUGAACGACUGGUUGAUGUUGUUGAUCCUGUUCUUCUUUGGGAAAGAGAAGAUCAUGGAGCGUCAAGAUCGGAUGAUGCUCCCGACCAGAGUCAAAUUACAAGUUCCAACAUCCAAGAAUGCUUGAGUUUGAUACUUGGGGUCGGAGUAGCUUGUUCCAUGGAACUUCCAAAAGAAAGGAUGAAUAUCAAGGAUGUCUUGGCCGAGUUGCAUUCGAUCCGAGAAAAACUUCUUGGAAUUGGUAUACGCACUACGCAUAGAGAAAGAACUAAAGGGUCGAUUGAUUAGCAAUUCCUUUUGCUUAGAAAAAAAAAGAAUUUGUUAUACUUUUCUAUUGCCACGUAUUUUCUUUUUUGU